GUCGGGAAAGCUGCCGGAGCGUGGAGUGUGGAGUGCGCGCGCGGCGGCAGUCGGCACACCGCCCGGGCGGGCGCCACACGACCGGAGUCUGCGCAAGCGACAGGCGACGCGGCACUAAACAUUUCAGUGAAAUAAAAACGCGGAUCCGCCAACGAACACUGCACCACGCACGCGCAAGAUUCUGUGAAUCCAAUACGAGUAAACGAGUCUCGAGUGCAGAGAACGACGGCCGACGCACAACGAGAGAGCGAUAAAGGGGGUUCAAGGAGACCCCUUCAACGAAACGAAUCGAGAUAGGCGCUGAAUAAGUUCUCACUUUUCGGCCCCUCGACAUAAUUAAUAGUAAUCGCUCUGUCUGUCAGGCUAUAGCUCCUGCACCACUCUUGAAAAAGUCGAAAAACCUCGAAAACAGACCCCCUUUCCGUGGCCACGACUGGGGGCUUAGGAUUAAAAAAAUAUAUGCAUAUAUUAAUAAUCUGCAGUACAGAUCUCUAACGUGACGUCACAAUUAAAAAUUGUGAUAUAUUUAUUAACUGUAAUAAGCCUUGUUGUUUGUGUAUUUCGCAUUUUGUACAUUGCCUGUGUAUAAAAGGAAAAUUGUUGUUUUUUUAUUAAUCAAUUCUUUUUUUUAAUUAAUUAGUGUAAAUAUUUUUUUUUAACCAAAAUAAUAUCGACAUAUUAUUGUAACUAUUCAUUAAUCUAAAACUAGUCAUUCAUCUAGUGUAUUUAUUUAAUUAUUAUAAUAUUUAAAGGAAAGAAGAUAGACAAUCUAUUAAUUAAUAUAAAAAAAUGUAUAAAAAAAACUUUUAAAGUUUUUAAUUAUUAUAAAAAAAGCUUACGUAGGGAUUGCCAAAGAGUAAAGAAAUCGUAAACCGUCCAGUCGAGUCGAGAAAGAAAAGUAUCGAUUGUAAAUAGUGGUGUUAUAAAAAUCGGCAAAAUGCAGACUCAGAUAGGGGUAGGGGAACUUCAGAGGAGCUACAGGGUGCAGGACUUUGCCACCCCCGGCGUUAUCAUGCGCGAACGGAGCUUCAUACGGCCACAGUCUCAUCACAAUAUGCAUCAUAACCAGUUUCCAAACAAUGGGAAACGGCGGAGUAUGAUCCUGACUAAUGCCAAAGGGAAACCGACGCUUGAAAUCUAUAGACCUCCAGUGAAGCAAUCGGUCGCGCAACCGGCGGCGUCGCCAGCCGUUCAGGUCGCGACUAUGUCGGUGUCGCCGGUUCCUGUCACUUCUGUUUCGGUUCCUGAAGUUACCACCACUGAAGCUAAGACGGAAACAUCAGGUGUCCGCACAGACGGCGUGGCGGCCGGAGCCGGCGGGGGCGGAGUCUCCAGCGCGCAGGGCUCUGCCAACAAGCUGAAUGUCCACGCGAAGGAGUUCACCAUGGCCAAGCCCGCUGACCUGCAUAAUAGGCCGGCGAUGGGCAUGGGCUAUGGGAGCGUAGGGCUGCAGCACUCGCGGUCGGCGGUGCUGCACGCGCAGGUGCCGCCGCACUACCGGCCCGUGAUGCCGCCGCACACACUGCUCACCAGCGCCUCGAGCGGCAACGUGCCGCACGCUGCGGCUGGACCACGCGUGCACUUCAAACUGCAUCCGCAGCAGAUCAUCAAUGAAAAGAAAAAAUCGCCGCCUUCCUCUCUGACAAACGGCAAUGGCAAAAACAUCAGGCCCCAGUCCUUUACGCCUGGUCUUAAACGCUCUAAGUCUCUCACCUCAGCUGAUACUCUUGCCAGUGGAAUGGCGGCACUAGGUCUGGCCGCCGAUGCCGGAGAUCUCGGCAAUUUUCCGCCAGAGAUCCAAGAGUGCAUUGACAAGGCACUGGAAGAUCCGAACGCGGUAUGCGCUCGCACGCUCAUGGACGCAGUGGGGCACCUGGUGUCUCGCGCCGUGGAGUCUCCUCGGUACGCGCUGCCGGCCGCGCGCCGUUGCAUCGCGGUGGUGGAGCGCGAGCAGACCGAGACCUUCCUCGAGUCGCUGCUCAACACGUGCCAGCAGUGGUACCACGACCGCGACAAGCUUCUAGGCACAAUAGUGGGCGGAGGAAGACCUCGCCUUAUGGCGUUCCUCUCGUUUCUGCUGGAAAUGUACUGCCAGCUGCGACGACGCGCGAUCCAACGUCGCGGUAACAGCGCGCCUGGGCAUGUGCUGUUGGCGCUUAUAUGCAAAUGCUGUGAAGACUGUAUCCGCCAACCGGUGCCUUCGCCUAGUGAUACGGAAAACCUGUUCUUCGUGCUGACAUACAUCGGCCGAGACCUGGAGACCCAGCUCCCUGGCGACCUUGAACGCCUGCUCUCAGCAGUACGAGAUGCCUUCAUCAACACAGCGGCCGCUCCCUCCAUCCGCCGCACCUUAUUGCAACUAAUAGAGCUGCACGCGUCACGCUGGCAGCUACCGGGUUGUGCCGUACUGUACUACUACCCCUCCUCCAAGUAGAGUCACGUUGUAUUCAUGAACAGACUGUUGUAGGUUUAUGGUCGUUUGGUAUUCUACCUGGCUUAAAACGAAGGUUCUCGGUUUAAAACGAAGGUUUUCAAUCGUUUUGCCAACAUUAAGGGGUUUUCCACAAUUUUCUUUGAUUGAUGUUAAUGUCGCAUCUGUGCUCAGUUCUCCCAUCUAAAUUAAAGGUCUAGAAGGUUCCAUAUCAACGCAUUUUUACAAAUGUUCGUCUCCUAGUCCUCUUGAAGAAACUUUUCUCAUGGUUCCCUCUUUAUUACUCUAGUUAACUUAGAACGAAAUUCCUCCAUCGAACAUCCUUUGCUGUUACUCUGUUGAAAUAAUAAUAUUACGAAGUGGUUGACAUAUCUAUAAUACGAGAUUAUAGUCAAAAAUUCUCGUAUCUAUACGAGAUUUUUAGACUUAGGUACUACGCAAAGCCAGAACCUUCGAGAACUUAAUCUACUAUGCUUUGCCGACAUUGAGGGUCACCACAGAGAUGUAAAAUAUUUCUUUAUCAAACAGUCUGUUCGUGAAAAUUAUAGGUCAUUUUAUAGAUCAAUCUAAGUAAUUGAUGUAACUUGUAACGUUAGACGAUUUAGGUAUGUUAUCAUUUUAAUUUUGAUAAUAACACCUAGGUAGUUAAUUGUUUUAUUUAAACUAAACCCUUAAUUGAUAUUAAUUAAAAUAUCGUAAAGAAUACGGGAAUUAAUAAAAUGCCUAGAUAUUUUAACUUUUAAAGAUGGUGACGGCUUUAUAUUUGUAUUCUUCGCCAAUUAAUAAGUGGUUUCUGUUGAAUUAAGUGAUUGAGUCUAAAGGUGCGUGCACAUCGGGCCAACGAGAAUAAUCAAAGUCAAGUCAAAGUUAGUCUUUUAUUCAAAAUUGGUACCAAUGUACAUUUUUUGACUUUCAAUCGUUGAAUUUGACAAAUGGCCUAUAACAAAACAUGCUCGACCUUCGAUCAUAAUAUUGCUCUGAUUUAAUGUUCAACUGCAGACAAUGAGUAACAUAUGAACGAGUUACGUUGGUCCUCGAAUCUGUCGCGUUGCAAUAUGUUCAAUAUUGACACGUGCAACACGUUGGACUGGUGUGGGCCCACAUUAUGAGGAUAAUUUUAUUUAUGCAACAAAAUUGUACAUGUCUUAUGUACAUUAUGAUGUUUUUAUUUAUUGUUUUAAAUAGAGAAAUUGCUUUGUUGUAAUAAUAAGUAAUUAAUUUGUUCGCUUGUAGAAUUUCCAGCGUUCAGCUACCUACCUAAAUAAUAACUACAGUUUCAAAAAGGUGUAUUUGAUACUUGUUUAAAAUUUAUUGAGGUUUAGUAUAAAGUAUUUUAAAAUAAAAUUGCCUAUUCACUAACUAACCUCAAAUAAUAGGUGUUCAUUGCCGUGUUUUAGUUUAGUCAAUAUUUUCUAUCUGGUGUUUCUACCUAGUUUUAUGUUAAUAGACCUGAAAUCAUUGUAAUGUAUUUUGUAAAAUUUUAUAGUGGCAAUUUAUAAGUUCCUAUACGCGUAUUAUAUUAUGACUAUCUAUCUAUAGAGCUGUAGUUAUAAUCUGUUCGUCAUAUUUUAAUAUUAAUAAAUGUAAUAGUUAAUAGGAGGAGGGGUGUAUUAAUAUAUUGUGUAUAAUGUUCAUGCAUGUUAGUGUAUUUCCGUGGCGUAACAGUGUAAGCAUCUAAAGUCCCUGAAAAAUUAUUUUGAGGCGCUUCGAGUACUACUCGACUACUUCUUAACUAGGUCAUAAGAAAUUAUCAGCUAAAAAAUUCGAAUAAUGUAUGAAGCAACUGACCAAAUGUUAACGAGGCCCUCGAGGCCCCCACUAAUCGGGGGCCAUGACCUUUUGCGCGCCAUGUCAAAGUUACGCCACUGGUGGAUUUAAUACCUAUACAGAGGUUACAAGCAUUUCUAGGCGAGAGUUUUGUUCCGUUUUGUUUUCAGUUGUGAAUAAUCGUUAUUUUCGUAGUGUCGCGUUAGUUUAUUACCUACUGUUAGAGGUCAGAAAAAUAAUUAUUUAUUUAGGCAAUGGUUGCCAUAAGCUCAUAUCAAGCGAAGCGAACACUGCGUUUUUUCCGCAUAGUCUCUGUUUUGAAGAUAGACCAAUCCCAAUUUACAAUCUCUCAGCAAAAAAUCGCAGUGUGUGCAAAGCUUUAGUAUUGUGCCUUAAAUAUGUGCAGAAGAAAAUUUACUUGUAUCUUUUAGUUAUUAAACUAACGUUAAAGUUUUG